AAAAAUCUUCUGACACCAACCAAAAAAAAGCUCACUUUUUUCCAGCUCCAACUGCCACUUUUUUCACACUAUCCUAGCCAACUAAUUCUUUUCCCAUUUCACCCCUCCCUCCCUCUUCUUCUUCUUCUUCUUCUUCUUCAUCAAGGUGGUGUUGCUUUAACAAUUAACAGUACCAAAUAUUUAUUUUCUUUCCAUCAUAUUCUGCUUUGUCCAUUUCUAUACCAAUUUCCAAACAGUGAUGAAGCAAAGAUCACCUCACCAUCAGCAGAGGACUUCUUCUUGGGCUGAAUUAUGUUGUUUGGGUUGGUCCUGCAUACAGCUCUUUUGGGGAAGAGUGGUCCUCCGCAAAUGGCUUAACAUGGGAACCAACGAGUCUGAUUACAGUGCUGACCCUGAAGAUGAUGAUGAUGAUGAUUAUGACUUUGAUGAUGAAGAUGCUAUUGAAAUUGAUUCAGACAAUGAAGAGUUGGCGAGGCAGUCAUGGUUUAUGGGCAACCGAGGCGAUAAAGCUCAUCCUGAAUCAAAAGAAUAUCUUCCAAGGUUAAGGAGGCAAAAGUCAUCAACUUAUAGGUCUCAGUAUAUAAACACAAAGGAAUUGAGAAUAUGUGUUGGAACAUGGAAUGUUGGAGGAAAACUUCCACCUGAUGACCUUGAUAUUGAUGAUUGGUUAGGUGUCAACGAACCGGCCGACAUAUAUGUCCUUGGUCUUCAAGAGAUUGUACCUUUAAACCCUGGUAAUAUUUUUGGUGCUGAAGAUACUCGCCCUGUGCCAAAAUGGGAAAAUAUUAUUCGGGAAACCCUGAAUCGAGUGCGACAUACACCACGAAAGAUAAAAUCCUUCAGUGAUCCUCCUUCUCCAUCAAAAUAUCAGCCAUCAGAUGAUGUCCCAGAUAUUGAAGAAGAAAUAUUACUCGAAAGUGAUAGUGACAUCGGUGAGGAAGUCCAUCCCUUGGAUGAAGAAAACAAUGUUUAUACUGAAGUUAGUACUAAUAAAACGAAUGCUGAUGAUGACACGAAUACAAAUUUAUUGGCUUCCAAUUCUGCUGAUAUUGCAAACUCUGAUGUGCCGGUCAAACUUAGUUUACAAAGAGAGUUUUCUUUUCCAAAGAGGUCUGAAAGGAAACACAGCUUCCGCGCUGAAGGUUUAUCCGAAAAUAUGGAUACAUCAUUUGCCCAACAGACCACUAAACUAACCAGAAUGCUUAGUGGUUCUGAAAGGAUUGGUUUGAGCUGGCCAGAGCCACCACUACAUCUGCUAUCCCAGCAAGUUUUAGAGAGACCAACAUCUUUUAAAUCUCUCAAAUCCUUUAAAUCAUCAAAGUCAUUCAACACAUAUAAUUCUUUCAAGUCAAUCAUGGAUGAAAUGCCAGUUAUGCCUUUGCUUCCUGAAAUUGAUCUUCAAACUUUAAUUAAGCGGAAAAGAAGAUCCCCAUAUGUAAGGAUUGUGAGUAAGCAGAUGGUUGGAAUUUUUGUCACUAUAUGGGUUCGUCGGAGCUUGCGUAAACAUAUUCAGAAUUUGAAGGUGUCAACAGUUGGUGUUGGUGUUAUGGGCUACAUUGGUAACAAGGGAGCAAUAUCUGUCAGCAUGUCCAUAUAUCAGACUCUUUUUUGCUUCAUAUGCACCCACCUUUCAUCAGGUGAAAAGGAAGGAGAUGAACUUCGAAGAAAUGCUGAUGUUCAUGAAAUACAUCGUAGAACACAUUUUCAGUCACUUUCUUAUAUUGGACUUCCCAAAAGAAUCAUUGAUCAUGAAAGAAUAAUUUGGUUGGGAGAUCUGAAUUACCGUAUUAACCUAUCAAAUAUGGAAACAAGAGCUCUUAUAUUAAAAAAGCAGUGGUCAAAAUUGGUUGAGAAAGACCAGCUUAGGCAAGAACUCAAGAAUGGUGGUGUGUUUGAUGGAUGGUCAGAAGGCACCUUAAACUUCCCACCAACUUAUAAAUAUGAGGUUAAUUCAGAUAAGUACUAUGGAGAAGACCCUAAGGUUGGGAAGCGUUCACCGGCGUGGUGUGAUCGCAUUCUUUCACACGGCAAAGGGAUGAGAUUACUGAAUUACAGAAGGGCUGAGCUCAAACUUUCGGAUCACAGACCUGUGACGGCCACAUACAUGGUUGACGUUGAAAUGUUCUCUCCUAGGAAGCUACAACGAGCUCUAACUUACACCGAUGCAGAGAUUGAAAACGAAGAAGUCAUAAUGAAUUCAGGUGGUUGGACCAUAGCUACUUAGUAUUUAACAGGGAUACAUCAUACAUAAUUAGCUGAAAAGGAGGAAGUAUAUGCAGAAAUGGAAUAAUUAUCAGAGAUAGCUGCUGCCACUUCUUAAAUUCAUAAUGCCACUAUUAGAUAUUAGAUUCAUUCUUUUUCUUUCAAAUAAUUUUUUAGAUCAGUUUUAGUAGAAGAAAUAGUUGUGUGAAUGAUGGUAUCAGGGGUCUAGUCUUAACAAUAGGAUAGAGAGCUAGCUUAUUGAAUGGGUGUAUGUGUAUGUAAUUUUGUAGUUGGGGUGUGCAUAAUAACAAGAGAUUUUAGUAGAAGCUUUCUUUGUGCAUAUAGAAAUAAUUACAAGGCAUAUAUACUUAUAUGUAUAUGUUGAGAGUUCAUUGCCUUCUUAGUUCUUACAUUGAAGCUUCCUACUUUCAAGUUUACUUUUCUGAAUUCUCUGA